UUUGGUUUUUAAAGAGCCUUCUAAUUCAAGGGGCCUUUUUGUCCAAUUAUGAAACCUUUCAUUGUACUAGUACUCUGCUGUAGCUUUUUCACUAGCAGAGCCACCCCUCUUCCAUUUGAGUUUUUGGACUGUGAUGACCCUGAUGUCUUUAAAGCUGUCGACACAGCACUGAAGAAAUACAAUGGAGACAAAGCAACUGGUAAUCAAUUUGCUCUAUACAUGGUGAUGGAAGCCAAGAGAACUGCAGGUCCUGACACACCAUUCUAUGUGAAAUAUCGAAUACAUGAAACCAUUUGUGCCACUGAGGAGGAAAAAUUCUGGCAAGACUGUGAUUACAAAGUACCUGCAGAGGCUAAAACAGGAGAAUGCACAGCUCGAGUUCACAUGAAUAACGAUGAACAAACAAGUAAUGUUACCCAAGAUUGCAAAAUUUUUCCAGCUACACCAAAGAUAACACUUACUGAGGCUCCGUGUCUUGGAUGUUUUCAUCACAUAUCAAGUGACAGUUCAAAAGUGACUGAAAUUCUGAAACAAGCCAUUCACAAGUUUAACAGGCACAGCGCUGAACCUGCCCUUUAUAAGCUUGUGGAAAUAAAAGAAGCUAAGAGACAGGUGGUAGCUGGAUGGAAUUAUGCAAUUAAAUAUGAUAUUGAGGAGACUAAUUGCUCCAAAGACCAAUUUCAAGAUUUAACUCGAGAGUGCAAAAUCACUUCUAGAGGUCGUGUAGGUGAAUGUGAAGCCAAAGCAUAUGAAAACCUUCAAGCACAGAUCAUAGAUAUUGCAAGCCAAUGCAAGCUUCCAGUUGCAGACACGGUAAUUCCUGCCACUCGCACUGGUUGUCGAAAGACUAUCCCAAAAGACAGCCCAGAAUUGAAGGAACUACUGAAGGUUUCUAUGGAGAAGUAUAAUUCAGAGAGCAAUGAUGAUUUCUACUACAAAAGUGGAGAAAUAAAAGCAGCGACAGUUCAGGUGGUUGCAGGACAAAACUACCAUCUAACAUUUGCAGUCCGAAGGACAAAUUGCUCAAAAAAAGAGUUUGAAAAAUUUAAUGAAGACUGUGAAGCCAUAUUAGACAGUGCACCAUUGCCAUGUGAAGCACAAAUUCACGUGAUCCCAUGGGAGAAUAAAAUCUUUCCCCAGGUUAACUGCUCUAAAGAACGGUCAAUGGAAGUACUUCUGAGAAGGCCUCCUGGAUUCACACCUUUCCGAAGCUUUGCUGCCCUAGACCAGCCAGACGAAAUUUCAUGCUCUGAUACAAAUGAAGAAGAAAGGCAAAUAGUUGUCAAAGAAAUGAGAGAAAACGGUGGACAGGAACCAAAAGAUGAAGAUCGCCCAGAGUCUCCUCUCCCCAGAUGUCCUGGAAAACCAUGGAAACAAAUUAUGGACCUUCCAGCUCCUUCUAGCUUUCCCAGGGAAUUCACAAAUGAGGAUCUCUUGCCUUCCGCAGUAGAAAACAUCGAUCCAGCAACAGAAAACUCAACACCUCCCCAAAACGAAGAGAAAGAGCUUGAUCUCUCAGAUGCUUUACUAUAA